AUGACAGGCUUGCACCCAGCCAACGCUCAGCAGCAUGAACUACCGCAUCUGCAAGAGGCUACCAGAACAGCCUUGUACAACCCACACCCUGGAUCUGCGGCUUCUGCAAGCCGUGACAAUUACGACGGCAAGCACUUCCCGGUCCUCUUCUCCCCUCCAUCCUCUGUCCCAGACGUCUGCCCCGUCUGCCUCGAGAAAAACAGCCCCGCAUACCUCAGAUACCCCUGUGGGCACCACGUGUGCCACUCCUGCUUCUCGCCCAAGGACAACUCAACAAUCAAACCCCUCGACCUCUUCACCUUCGACCAGGACUACUUCCGUGUGUGGCCUCUCACAAGCAGAGACACAACACUGUGA